UGGUGUCGUUUUUUGUAUUUUGCUGUCAGAAAUGGAAAACUAGGAAGUAGAACAGACAAAGAAAAAUGAAGGAAAAAGGGGGAAACAAUUAGAAAUAGACAAUUUCCCACAAAUAAUUUCUUGCAAAAAGUUCUCCAGAUUAUUUACAAAUCUUCAGAAACCCUAGAUGUUUUUUUGCUUUCCCAUUGUUCUGAAUCAUUUUGCGUAAGAAGCCCCCUUGUUUGUGGAUUGGAUCCUAGGCUCCUAGCUGACGGAUAAUUACUUGCUUUGGUUAAUUUCCCGAAAAUUGAGCUCAAUCCAAAUUUGGCUUCUAGCGAUUUGAGAAGAUACAGAGCUUUUCCCCGUCCAAAAGCACCGGCAGUGGGACAGUUGAGCGGGAAAAGAGAGAAUGAAGACGGGUUCGAAGUCGGAAGGACCUUCGACUCCAGCGCUUCGACGGGACCCGUACGAGGUUUUAAGCGUAUCCAGGGAUUCCACUGAUCAGGAAAUCAAGUCUGCUUAUAGGAAGCUUGCUCUCAAAUAUCACCCAGACAAGAAUGGCAGUAACCCUGAAGCUUCAGAACUUUUUAAGGAGGUUGCAUAUUCUUAUAGCAUUCUAUCUGAUCCAGAGAAGAGAAGGCAAUAUGACAGUGCUGGCUUUGAGGCCCUUGAUGCUAGUGGCAUGGAUAUGGAAAUAGACUUAUCCAAUCUUGGAACUGUCAAUACCAUGUUUGCAGCUUUGUUCAGCAAGCUGGGUGUUCCUAUUAAGACUACAAUUUCUGCUAAUGUUCUUGAAGAAGCUUUGAAUGGAACUGUUACGGUCAGGCCUCUUCCUAUUGGAACAUCAGUUAGUGGCAAGGUGGAUAAGCAAUGCGCUCACUUUUUUGGGGUGACAAUUAACGAGGAGCAAGCUCAGGCAGGAAUUGUCAUAAGGGUUACUUCAACUGCACAAAGUAAAUUCAAGUUGCUCUUUUUUGAACAAGAUGUCAAUGGCGGUUAUAGUUUGGCCUUACAGGAAGACAGUGAGAAGUCUGGGAAAGUAACGUCUGCUGGGUUGUACUUUUUGCAUUUUCAAGUGUACAGGAUGGAUUCCACUGUCAAUGCGUUGGCGAUGGCUAAGGAUCCUGAGGCUGCUUUCUUCAAGAGGUUGGAAGGUCUUCAGCCUUGUGAGGUCUCAGAGCUAAAGGCUGGCACCCAUAUUUUCGCUGUUUAUGGAGAUAACUUUUUUAAGACUGCUGCAUAUACUAUUGAGGCACUAUGUACAAAAAAUUAUGAAGAGACAACAGAAAAGCUGAAAGAUAUUGAGGCUCAAAUUUUGAGAAAAAGAAAUGAGCUACGGCAAUUUGAGACAGAAUACCGGAAGGCAUUAGCACGCUUCCAAGAAGUGACCAACAGAUACAAUGAGGAAAAGCAGUCUGUGGACGAGCUUCUUAAACAACGGGACAGCAUACAUGCUUCAUUCACUGUCACGAAAUCAUCAAAUCACGUUGGGGCUUGUGCUAUGAGUAAUGGAAGUAGUAGUAAAUCUACUGGCGACGAUUCAAAGGUCGAGAAUCAAGGAGAAGAUGGAACCUCGGAUGAAAAAGACAAAUCUUUUAAAAAGAGAUGGUUCAGUAUUCCCCGAGGAUCUGACAAAAAGCUCGGUUGAAAGAAUCCUCAGCUAAGGUUUAUUCUCUUUUCCCAAACAGCAACAAAUAGAAACUUCCAGCCAUUUUGUCUUGUAGAAUUCGAGGGUCAAAUUGGUGCAUCCAUGCUUGUAAUACAUGGGUCUCUGUUUUGGUGUAUGCUUUCAGGGUCUCAACAAAAUUUGCCAUUCUUUCUCCCAUCAGAGUUGAGGUAAGCUAUUUGAUUAGGCAUUACAAUAUGCUUCUCAAAGACAGUCAAAGUAUAUUAAAUUUGUGUGUAAAUAACUCAAAUACCUUCAUAUAUUAAAUUGGUUUGUGUUGGAUACAUGAUAUUUUUUUUGCUUCCUCAAGUUCUUUCUCAGGCCCUAUAGUUAUUUUUUAUUGCAAUUGGAAGCAUGGCUGAAAAAUACUUUCUAGUA